AUGCUUUUUAUUCAGUUAUGUCUGCUACUAAUGGUAGCACAAAUAAGUUGCAGAGUAUUCAAUGCUUCACGAAGUGUUUCAUUACGUGCAGAAGCUGAGUUAUGUAACAAAACUAAUGGAGCAGAAAAAUUACGUAACAUGAAGUUUUCUCACAAAAUUGUUGUUGAUGGAACAAAAGCUGAAUUUUCGUUCGAAAUUAAUGAUACUUAUACGAGAGAUGAUCUUCUUAUGGAACACUAUUAUUUUUCUACUACAUUUGUCGAAAAAAAUCGAUAUGAAUGCCGAUCAAAUUCGAGCAAAAUCAAAGCUAAUGGCAGUCUGAAUAUGACAGGUUUAGCUGAAAAAGGAAAUUAUAUUGUUUGUGUUAUAUUUGUAAAUGGUCCUUAUUCACUGGCAUCAAGUCAAUUUUGCGAUGUCGUUAGUGUAGCUGAAAAUUGUGUAUUAAAACCAGAAGAGCACAAAUAUUCGAAUCAAUACGUUUAUCUUUUAGCAAUAUUCUUUGUUAUAUUAUUCGCUAUUGUUAUUAUUGGUACAUGCAUACGUGACUAUAUCAAACGACCAAAAACAAUUGAACAACUUCUCGAAACAUUGCCUGAACAUCAUGCAGACAAAUUAAAAGAAUUAAUAUCAAUGGAAAGUAAUGAUGAUGCUGAUCCAAGAACCUCACAAUCUCGUGAACUAUCUAUCAUAUCAUUGGAAGUCGAUAAUGAAUCUGAUGAUGUUGAUCCAAUAGAUAAACAGAGAAGAUCACGAGGACGUAGAAAUGAAUCGGUGGAUUCGAUAAAUUUUGGAUAUGGCAGAACUUCAGAAUCUAUCACAUUGGGAGUCGAUAUUAAACCUGAUGAUGCUGAUGAAAUAAACAAACGGAGAAGAUCACGAGGACGUAGAAAUGAAUCUACCAAUGCGAUAAAUUUUGGAUAUGACAAUAAUGAACAAUUGUCUAAUAAUUAUAACAAUAGACUUUCAAAGUCGUAUGCUUCAAUUAUUGAAGAAUCCGAAAUAGAUUCGUAA